AUGAUAUUAAUGGAGGGAUUAAUGUUGGUACCACCUGAAAGGGGUACAAUAAUUGGAAGGGCAGUUUGGAAGCCUCGAUAUGUUGUACUUGGCUCCGGUGCACACCUACACACACAAACCGAAAUCCUCGAGAAGUCCAACUCAAAGAAAGGAAAGUCAAUUAAAAGUACUUCUUCAAAACCAAGUUUGGCAGAUUUGGGAACUGCUUCAGACGAUGGAUUGUUCGUUUCAGUUUACAAGGCAAAGGGCGAUUGGGAAUAUAUUGUGCAACAUCCAAUAUCUGCUUUCAAAUCAUGCGAAAUUCGAUCGUUAUCACAUCGAAAACAAGCCACACCAUUGCCUACACUGAUGUUAGAAUUAAAACCAGAUUCAAUAUCGGAGAAACAACGUAAAAGAAGAUCAAGUCGAACAGGGGGAUUAACAUCAAACAAGGAUGCACAAUGGGCGGAUACACUUCUUUUCCGAUCAGUUCCCGAAGAUCGAAACAAUAUCUAUGAUUGGCAAAUCACCAUCAAACCAAGAUUACAAAUUGAUGAUUAUGAAGAGAGUCCAAUGAGUCCUUUGAGUCCAAUAUUUACAUCUUUCACCAAUCCUUUUUCUGCUAGAGACCCAAGACCAUCUUCACGAAAUGGUAAACAGGAUCAACAAACUCGACCACCUUUUCAAUCAUCCGGCCAAUACACUCAAACCUCAAGAGAUCGCCCUUCCGCUAUGAUAUCUCCAUCUCCAAGUCUGCGUUCCCGACGCUCAGACCUUUCAUCUCAAGCAAGCUCAUCUCAUCCACCUAUGGGUUUUACAUCGGCUCAUCCACAAUACAAUAAUACAAUUUUACCCACGGAUCUACCCUCGCCAAUUUCCGUUUCUGGUUAUGAUAAUUUUAUUGAAGGUUGGACUUCGGCUCAAGGACGAUCUUCUGCAUUAUCUCAUCACACUAGGGGUAGCAAUAGUAUUGCAUCUGCUAUUGGGCCUCCACUUGCGUCACCAACCACAACAUCACCCGGUCCAAGAGAAACAAUUCUGGAUAGAGCGUUUCAAAUGAGAUGUAUUCCAGGAAGUGAAAGAUUGAGGGAUGAAGAGGAAAAGGGUAGUAGUAUCGCUAGAUUCGAAGCAUUAAUGAGAGAGCAUGAUGAAAGGGCAUUGCAAAGAUCAGCGACUUCAGCUACUGAUAGUAAGGGCAGAUUCAAGCCUGGUUGGGAACUUGAGGAGGAAUCAGAGGAAUCAGACAAUGAGGACCCUGGUAAUGCUUUAGAGCAACUGGAUGGUCAUGACAUUCUUAUGCCUACUCCAGCACAAAGAGCAUUAGAUUACAUUGCUGGACGACAAACACCUUUACCUCGGGCAUCCAGUUCUAGCUCAAGACCUAUUUCACCAAAUAGUCCCCCGGUACCUUUUUUGAAUCGCGAUGCUAUGAAUGCCCUCCACAGUGGUUCAAGCUCUACCAAUCAAAGUUUCUCUUCAGUUGGAAAUGGUCUUCGCCCACGCACUGGUACAACGUCAUCGCACAUGCGAAAGAAUAGUCGGCCAACAUCUCUAGCGUUGCCUCCAAGAUCUAUCUCUUCGACUGUGGUACCUUCAUCAAAGGACAGUGGAAAUGGCAACUCAGGUAUAACUCUUACCAAAGCCGAGAUGGAGAAAAGGAGAAGCAGCACGUCUACAAAACGUCUUUCAUUCCAAGAAUUCGCAAGAAGAUUGAGUUCGACAAGCUCCCUUCUGCUGGUUCAAACAAAUGCUAGUUCAAACUCUGGCAGAGGAGAUAGCUUUAGGGAAAGAGACGACUCUAGAAGAGAUAGUGUAAGUGAUUAUGGUCUUGAAAGUGCCCCGGAACUCGCAGAGGACAACGAGAUUGAAGGAAGAAGAGGAUUCAGGGGUAAUAACGCAUUGAGUUUGAGAGGUGGAGAUGUCCAAGUCGCCGAUCGGGAAAUGAAGAGAUGCGGUGGCGGCUUCAGAGGAAUGGGUGUUCUCGGUGGUGAAGGAGGCUUCCUUUGA